AUGACGAAUUAUCGGAAGGCCUACCACGCGGGCUCCUGGUAUUCUAGCAAUGGCAGCGCACUGAAGAAAUCCAUAGACACCCUUUUCGAGAGCAUAAACUGCGAGAAGCAAAACGUGAAAGCGGCUAUCUGCCCGCAUGCAGGAUAUGAUUACGCGCUGAAAACGAAUUCCCACGUUUACGCCUGCAUCAGCGUAGAGAACGUGAAGAAUAUCUUCAUUCUUGGCCCCAACCACCACAUUUACAACAAAGGGUGUCUUUUCCCCCAAGUGGACAAGUACGAAACUCCAUUCGGCUUCCUGCAAAUAAACAAGGAAGUCAUUUCGGAUAUCAUGCAGAACGACGGAGAGCACCUGUUCGACUUCAUCGGAGACGAGGACGACGAGGAAGAGCACUCCAUAGAAAUGCAGUUGCCGCUGAUCAAAUACAUAAUUAAGGAAAAGGACAUAAAAAUAAUCCCCAUCUAUGUCGGCUGCAUCGGAAAUGAUAUCCAAAAAAUAAACCGCUUUUGCAAACCGAUAAAAAAAUACUUCCAAGACGAGGGAAACCUGUUUCUCUUUUCGUCUGACUUUUGUCACUACGGGCGAAGAUUCAGCUUCACUAACAUUUUGCAAAAGUACAACGACACGCACAUCUUCAAGCAGGUGGAGAAUAUGGACAAAGACGCCGCCAACAUAAUCAGUCGCCACAACAUAGCAGAAUUCAUUGACUACCUGAACAAAACGCACAACACGAUAUGCGGGUCGAAUCCGAUAAAGAUGAUGCUGCAGCUGCUCCAAGACUUUCCCGGAAAUGUGUCCACCAAACUGAUGCACUACUCUCAGUCGAACCAAGCGAGAAGCACGAACGAUUCCUCCGUGUCCUACGCCGGAAUGGUCUCCUUUAUUAAUUAA